AUGGUCCACGCUUUCUUUCACAGGGCCAUCUGCGCAGCCUUGUUGCUCUUCUGCUGCACCCUUGUCCAUGCAGAACCCAUCCAUCGACGCCCGUACCGCGAGCCUCGGGAUUCUCAGGAUGACCCAACUGUAGCUGCUGCGUUCCACGCUCUCUCUUCCAAGUUCUGGAACUCCGUCUCCGAGCGGUCGCCGGAUAUCAGACCCGAUCUCGGUGCUCCCGCCCAGCAUGACCUUCGUUAUCAAUUGAUCAAGAGGCAAGGUGGAAGCGGCAUCGUCACUAAUUCUACGCCCUCUGUGACCCCGCCCACGCCGACGCCCACGCCAUCGUCUACCCCCCAGCAGACUUCCACGAACCAGCCAGCGUCGACCACUCCCAAUGCUUCAAGCUCCCCGUCGAGUUCUCCCAGCUCGCCUUCCACACCUCAAUCAUCUGCGCCUUCUUCUCCCGCUCAGACUAGCUCGCCAGCAUCCGCUUCCAGCACGCCGUCGGACAGACCAUCGUCGCCAUCAUCGACUUCUUCUCCUCAGGUUACGCAGCAGCCAUCUUCCACUUCUGCCUUCAGCUCCACCCUUGUCGGCACCACCACCAAUGAUAAGGGUGACCUGAUCACCUAUACCUCCGUCGUUCUCGUUCAGCCGUCCCGCACAACUCCCACGAGAGGCCCUACUUCCACUGCUGGACGUCCAGGUCUGCAGACCAACGGAGUGUCUGCUCCAUCUGGCAUGAAGAAAGAGAUGUUUGCAAUGCUGGGAGGAGCUGUGGUGGUUGCAAUUGCGCUCUAG